AUAUUUCGUUUUGUUCUUAUCUUAAUUCCAACUUAGGUAAAGCAGUACUAGUUCUCUCUUUCCAUAUAUAGCAGCAGAAGCGCCUAAGCUAUAAGCUUUAUUGGAUUUUCAAUGGAAGAAAUUGAAGUACCAAAGUAUUUCAUGUGUCCUAUAUCGCUUCAGAUCAUGAGAGAUCCAGUUACGACCAUGACUGGCAUAACAUACGACAGAGAAAGCAUUGAGAAGUGGGUCUCAACGACGAUUACUUCAUCAUCAUCUUCGAACGACAGGAUGAUUACGUGUCCAGUUACGAAGCUGCCUUUGCCGAGAGACUCUGACCUCACGCCGAACCACACCCUUCGUCGCCUUAUCCAAGCGUGGUGUACCAUCAACGCCUGCAACGGAGUGGAUCGGAUUCCGACCCCGACGCCGCCUCUCGAUAAGAGGCAAGCUCUUAAGCUCGUGAGAGAUGUUGGGGCUAACAAGUUUGAUCAUUUGAAGAUUAUCAUAACGUUGAAGAAAAUGGGAGCUCUUGCCGAGGAGAAUGAGCGGAACAGGAGGCUCAUGGUCGAAAGUGGAGUCAACAAAGCCAUGGCUUUGUUUCUCAUAAGGUCUGUCAAGGAAGGAAACGUGGUUGGCAUAGAAGAAGCUCUGCGUAUUCUCCGACUCGUUUGGACUCCUAAUGAUGAAGUGAAGGCGUUCGUCAACGAAGACAGUGAUUUUAUUGAUUCUUUGGCUUGGAUUUUAAGCCGUAGUGAAACGGAUAUGAGAUUCGAGGUCAUGUCGGUACUGAAAAUGGCGAUCAAUGUAGCGAAUGCGAACCGAAUGGAGCGGUUGAGGCUCGAAAUGUUCAUGAAUAUAACGAAAAAGGUGUUAGGUGAGAGAACAGUUUCGCAUCAAACAGUUAAAUCAGCUCUCCAUGUCCUAAUCGAAGCCUGUCCUUGGGGACGAAACAGGAUGAAGAUCAUCGAAUCGGGGGCGGUAUUCGAGCUGAUCGAACUCGAGCUCACGAAACCAGAAAAGCACACCACCGAGAUGGUCAUCAACCUUUUGGCGCACUUGUGCUCCUGCGCUGAUGGGAGAGCACAGCUCCUCCAGCACGCCUGCGGCAUAGCAAUGGUGUCGAAAAAGAUUCUUAGGGUUUCGGACGCCACCGAUGACCAAGCGAUUCACAUUCUUUCUCUGAUUGCCAAGUUUUCGGCGAGGAGUGAAGUGAUUAUGGAGAUGUUAAGGGUUGGGGCUGUGACGAAGCUUUGCAUGGUAAUGCAAGCAGACUGUGCUCCAUACUUGAAGGAAAAGGCUCGAGGUAUACUAAGGUUGCACUCUAAAGUGUGGAACGAUUCGCCUUGUAUUGCUGUGUAUUUGCUAUCAAGGCAUCCUCGGUAACAUUUAUAUAAUAGUAUAAUAUAUUCAUGGCAUAUAUAAGAAUGGACAACAUAAUUGUUAUAUUAUUUUAUAUAAUAUUAUGUUAGAUUAAAUAAUAUGACAAAAUAUUGAAAGUUGCGCAAAAUUAGACAAAAUUAGACAAAUGUGUAUGUCCAAUUGUGUAACACAUUUUUUGAAGUUACAAAAUUAGCUACAAAUUUGUAAUUUUAAAAAAUUACCAAAUAAUGUGUAGAUUGGGAGCUACAUAUUUUUAAGAUUGAAUUUCAUAAGCCAUAUAUAAUGUGAUAUAAGUGUUGAAGAUAUAUUUUUAACUCUCAUUAAGUGUA